AUGAGCGUAAUCACGAUUGACUUCGUGACGGCGCUCCCAACUACGUCGAAGCGCACCAUGAUUCUGCCCCGCUAUAACCGGCUGCGCAAGUCUCCGAACGACCCGCUGCCGCAACAGCAUCAAGAGCCGGAGCCCCCAGAGGACAUCAACGGCGAGCCAGAGUGGGAAGUCGACAUGGUAUUGGCAUCCCGGGUUACUGGUAAAGCAAAGAAGCUGCAAUAUCAGGUCAGCUGGAAAGGAUGCGACCCCGAUGACCAGUGGUAUUUGGCGGAGAACUUCAAGAACGCUGCCAUCGCGUUGGAGGCGUUCCACUUGAAUACCCAGAGGCCUCAGGACCGCCAGUCAACCUGCGAGAUUGGAUCAGAGCAGCAGCAGAAGACAGGCACCCGGAGGAUCGGGACAAUGACAACGUGGCAGAACAUGUGGGAGUAA